UCCCUUCCUACUACCUUCCAAAUGCCCCCAAGUUUAAUUUACUAUAUUUCACUUAUACCAUCUCUCUCUCCCUCUCUCUAUGUCUAUAUAUAAAUCACACUUAAAACUUCUCUGUAUACUUGCAUAAACACAAAACCUGUUGUUCCAUCUUCUCUAUCAAUCCAAAUUUGUAUACCAAAUGGCCUUAAAUUCAAUCCCCAAUAUAUCUCCAAGAAAACUAAGACAUGAUCUCUACUCAUAUUCAUACCAGCAAGACUCAAACAUCCCAUUAGUCAUCUCUGUUCUUGCUUCCCUCAUCGAAAGAACAUUGACUAGGAAUGAAAGAAAUGUCAAAAAUUGCAAUAAAUGGCCAUUGCCGAAGUAUGCUAAAACUCGGGUUUUCGAUUGCGACGAGGUACCGGACAUGACGAUUCAAUCCUAUCUCGAGAGGAUUUUCAGAUACACUAAAGCCGGACCAUCGGUUUAUGUUGUUGCCUAUGUUUAUAUUGAUCGGUUUUGCCAGUUCUAUCCCGAGUUUCGACUUUGUACGAGGAAUGUGCAUAGGUUGCUCAUUACCACCAUCAUUGUGGCAUCGAAGUAUGUAGAAGACAUGAACUACAGAAAUUCGUACUUGGCUCGAGUUGGUGGAGUGACAACAAAGGAAAUGAAUAAAUUGGAAGUUGAAUUUUUGUUCAUGAUGAAAUUCAAAUUACAUGUAAAUGUCAGUGUUUUUGAGAGUUAUUGCUGUCAUUUGGAGAGAGAGGUUAGUACUGGAGGAGGUUACCAAAUCGAAAGGACUUUAAGGUGUGCUGAAGAAAUCAAAUCAAAACAAAGAGAAGAAACAAGAUAUAAUCAAAAUAUUGCUCGAAUUUUACUAUAGUUUGAUAUAUUAAUCUUUGUUUGUACAUAAAUUGUACGAUUGGUAUGCUGCAAUAAAUAGGUUUGAACGAAUUAUUUUAA